AUGAUACUUUUCACGGCUGCUGAGAAGAUAUGGUGUCGGAGGGAAUGGAGGUCGGCAUUGGUGGUAAAAGGUCUAGGGAGGCGUGUCUUGUACAUCCCUUUAGCCCGCCACCUUAAUUAUCUGUGGGCUAGGAAUGGCGAAAUUCAAAUCUCCGAUAUGAACAAUGAUUGCUUUCUGGUCAAGUUUAGGAGUCAGAAGGAUUAUGAAGGAGCGACUAUGGGAGGUCCAUGGUUGUUGGGUGAUACAUACCUCACGGUCCACCGUUGGCUCAAGGGUUUUAACCCAUGGAAGACAGUAGUGAAAUCGACGAUGGUAUGGGCUCAACUUCCUGAAUUACCAAUUGAAUUUAUCAAUAAGGAAGCGGUAAUGAAGAUUGGUGCUUGGCUGGGGAAACCCGUACGGGUGGACCGUGCGACGGAAUUGGGAGCUCGGGGAAAAUAUGCAAGGGUCUGUAUCGAGGUCGAUCUUACCCAGCCACUGAUAUGGAAGUUCAAGAUUGAGGGGGCAACGUACUUGGUUCAGUACGAGGGUCUUGAUGGCCUAUGUACCGAUUGUGGCACUUAUGGAAAAUCUGUUGGGACGUGCCAUUGCAUCCCGAAGGGGCUAGAGAUGGAGACAAAAGAAGUAAUGGAAGAAGAUAAUGAUAUGAGAGAGGACCCAUCUCAAGGUAGAACGUAUGGGGAAUGGAUGAAGGUUGCUCCACGGCGUCGCCCCGUGGGGAGGAGAGAUGGACUAAGAGGGAAGGCUGAUGGGAAGUAUACUACAAAUCGUUUCCAGGGCCUAGCUAAUCAUGAUAAGAAGGAGGACAGCGGAGGUGUUGAGGAGCCAAUUGUGGGGCGAGAUGAUGGGAAGCUGGAGAAGGAAAAGAUGACGGUUAAUACUACACGUGAACAGGCCCAUGCAAAGGGGGAUGGCUCGCAUACAGCGACAAAAAAGCUGAAUGCUACUAACAACUCAGACCCUAAUGAAGGACAAACAAAUCAGGAAAAAAGAAAAUCAAAUAGCUCCUCGAAAGGAAAGGCAGCGGGAGAGCAUGUGAAGCCUAAAGGGAGUAAUGGGGAAGAGGUGCCUAGUUCGGGGAAAGGUGAUGGUGGGAAUAAGAAUGAUCAAAAGAAGGGUGAGGGUUGA